AUUUAAAGUGAUAGAUGAACAUCGAGUAGGAUUUAGAUAAACUUAAGAGAAAACAUGAAAAAUCCUGAUUGAUGAUGAUCGAUCAUAACUUUAACGUGAAUCGAUCGUUAUUAUUUUUCUUGAUUAAUCGCCAAAGGAUUUAAAUCAAUUUUACAGUCUUUGUUUGUUUGGUUUUAAAUAUCUUAAUACACUAAUUUAUAUAAUUUCCAUUAAAUUUUGCGGACAGACAUUUAGACGGACUUUUCCAAUCACUUUAGUUACCAAGAAAACGUGCAGACAGCCAGCCGGGCCAAUAAUAAAUGUAUAAAAAUAAAGACCAAAUCUAUAGUUACUUCCAGUUUCCUAGAAAUCUUGCGGACAGACAAACAAACGAUCGAAAAACUAAUUUUUUUAUUUUAUUUUUCUAAUAAUUGAAGAGAAAUUUCCAUGAUUAUAGUCGAAGUGAAAGCGGUUAUUUAAUUGAAAGAUCAGGUCUUACGUCAUCGUUUCAUCAUCAUUAUGACCAAUUAUAUGUAAAUUUAGAUGAACGACCUAAUUUUUUAGUCGUUCGGGUCACGUGACGGGCAUUAAUUAUGCACGUAUGCUAAUUAAUUAUGGAUAAAAUGGCGCGUUUAGUUAUCAUUUCAACUGAGUUAUGUCGGAAUUAACUCAUUUCUUAUUCGCUUAAUUGCAUUUUAUUGGGGUGGGAAAGUUCCUCGUGCGGGAUGCCUCUAAAAAAAGGCCCUUUAUGCGCACGAAUCUUGUAUGCCCGUUGAAGUGGAAUUCAUUCUUUGGAGUGUUUAUGCCUUGUGCUUUAUUAGUGCCUUUAAAAACUGCCUUUAGCAAAUACAUCUUGUAUUCUGCCCUUUAAAGUGCGAUUAUGCCUUUACUUUCGAAGUAUUAUCGUGUUAUGCCCUAUGCCUCGGUUAAAAAUACCUUUUAUGCAAUCCUUCUUACAUUUUUUUACGGUAUUAGAAGGUGCCUUAACAAUAUACAAUCAUAAAAAGCUCUAAACGUAAGAAGGGCCAUUAGAGUCGGGCCCCUCUACGUUAGGCCCUAAAAUCUCAAUUCCUUUUUAACGUAAAGGCAAAUGUCUGACUUAUUUUAUUAUGCCUUUUUUGGAACAUUUCGAUAAGGCCCCGUAGCUAUAACGGAUCCGAAGAGGCCCCACCUCACCUCGAGCCUGGAUUAUAAUACGUAAUCAUAAACAAAUGCGCAUAAAUCUGUAUACGGUAGGGUGUUCCAAAAGUCAGUCGACCGCAAUGUACAUUCCUCGAAUGUAACUCGGUUAGCCGACUUUUGGGCCACCCCUUUAAUGUCUUGGAAAUCCGAUCCUCCUGAAAGUAGUUUCGAGAGGAUGGCUGUGAAGUGGGUUAUCGACUGCGAGUGUCACACACUCGAGUAGUCCACUUGUCCUUUCUUAACAAGGUUAUCCGGCUUACGUAUCGAUCUGCCUGAAAUUCGCCUCAAUGGUUCCUAAAAAAAAAAAAUAAAAUAAAAUCACUAUCUUAUCAACCCGUAGACCGCGAUCCUCCAUCGUAGGCCCAAGCACAAGCUGUAGGGCCCUCGAUGCUUUAAUAAUCCAUCACUGAAAACGAAGGAAGAAUUUCAUCUUUAACGUUUCAGAAGCAGCCAAUCGAAUAGGUAAAAUUGUAUUUAUUUUAUUCGUCCGUCCGGUUGUCUGUACGUAAGUUAUUUAAAAAAAUACUGUAAUUAAUAUACGAAUAAUUUGCAUAUUUUGAUGUGUGUGUAUAUUUAAGAGAUCGUUGAUCUCGAUAAUUACCAUAAAAUGGACAUUAUUAAUGAAAGAAAAUUGAAUUUGCGUGUUCGAUAGUUGCCUCCCCAUUGUUAUGGUCGCCAUGUCUACCCCAUUAUUUACUUUUUCGGGAAAGUUUUUCGACUUUAUAUAUUGAUUGUUUGUCUGAAUGUCAUUCGCCUCGACACUAGCUUUCAUGGAAUAUUUCUACUCUGUAAACACCAAAAAAAAGUCUUUUAUGCUUUGUGGGGCCUUUGCCCUUUUGGUUUCGACCUUCGUUUUGGCCUUCUUUUAUGCUCCGUGGGGCCUUUGCUCUUUAGUUAAAAUAUGUUAAAAUUUUAAAAAUAUUUUACGGUGUUUUUUUAAUGAAAUUCUUAUCUUUUUUCCCCCUUGUUUCAGAGGCCUCUUAUAAGUAUAUACACACAGGGCGCUAAUAAGAAUAACGGGGCCUUCGUUAUUGUCUUUCACCACGCGAUGAAAGUCUUCUCCAAGGCCCCAAUACGUACAGUUUGAAUGGGUUAUAAAUUACGUUCUCCCAAGAAAAUCCAUACAGAAAAACGCUUCUGAUUUCGAGAAAGAAUCGAACCCACGCCUUUAAUCACUUAUUUUUUUUAAGUCCUUGAUAUAAGAAUUGGUUCGGACCCGUAUUACGGAUCAAAUCUACAUAUAUUUUAAAAGAUUUUCGGGGUAUUUCCCGCAAAUAACGUAGUCUGGAAGAAGAAGAAGACGUGGGUUCGGUCCAUGUACACGUUUAACGCGAUCCCUUUUAUUCUACGAAGACAAAAAGUCGGUUCGAACCCACGCCAAAGGCUAAUUUCGUGUUGGAAUGCGGCAAACGGACUCGAAUUUAACUCGUAAACAGCUAUAAAAAAAAACGCCCCCUCCGAAACAACGCUAAAUUACACACAAAUCUCGUUUCGACGGACGAAACACGAUCCGCAGGGGGAGGGAAAGAUUAAACAAUAUUAAGGAAGGAAGGUUCGGAUCCUUUCGGCGAGAUGAAGCGAAAGAGGUGAACGACCUUGCAACGUAGAACGGAGGACGGAUCAAUAAAAUCCCUGGAGUGACAGAUCGAAGAAACUUCCGGUUCCGAGUAGAUGGCUCGAGCCAUGUUUGCACGGUUUCGCGUUCAGAUUUUUGAAUGUUCCGCCGCUUAACCGGUGAAACACAGGAGAGAGGGGGGAUUUAACAAGAAAUCCGUGUGUAAGAGUCCUAUAAAAAUGUCUACCUAAACAACCCCCUCCUCUCGUUCGUUCGUUCGUUCUAUCGGAAGAUAGGAGAAUCAUGUACAAGAGACACAAUCAGUUAUCAAAUGGUAAUGGAUGGAGACACCAUGGAAACACUUAAUGGAAAUACAAUGCAUCCACAUCGUAUACAUCAUGUCUACACUGAUCAUCAGAGUAGCGCAUUUCUUGCUAUGAACUGCAUGCGCCAGAAAGGACAGUUAUGUGAUAUAUCGCUCCAGGUGGGAGACGAAAUGAUCCAUGCCCAUAAAGUCGUUCUCGCUGCUUCCAGUGCCUAUUUUCACGCAAUGUUUAACAAUGAAAUGGCAGAAAAGCACAAAUCCGAAAUCACCAUGCACGACGUCGACGCGUCCGCGCUGCAAAAAUUAAUAGAGUUUGCGUACACGGGCGAAAUCGUCAUUACCGAAGAAAACGUUCAGGCACUUCUUCCUGUAGCUAGUUUAUUGCAAGUUUCAACAGUGAGAGAUGCUUGUUGCAAAUUUUUGCUCAGGCAACUUCAUCCUUCCAAUUGUUUAGGUAUACGAAGUUUUGCUGAUGCUCAUGCUUGUGAAGAGUUACAGCGUAAAUCUCACAAAUAUGCAUUACAGAAUUUUCAAGAAGUUGCACUGACGGAAGAAUUCCUCUUGUUACCUUUUAGUCAGGUGGAAGAUUUGAUGUCGAGUAACAAACUCAAUGUUCCUUCCGAAGAAUGUGUAUAUAAUGCCGUGAUGACUUGGAUAAAACACGAUUUAACUAUGAGAGAAGAAUAUUUAGGGAAAUUGAUGCAGCAUGUACGACUUCCUCUAAUCGGCAGAGACUUUCUGCUCACGCAGAUCGGAGAAGAACCACUUAUCCAAUCGAAUCAAGAGAGUAAAGAUUUACUAAUUGAAGCAAUGAAAUAUCAUCUAAUGCCAGAACACAGAACUAACAUGAUAUCUGUUCGUACCACGCAACGAAAACCUGAAGAAUUGAGGCCCUACAUAUUUGCUAUAGGAGGUGGUUCAUUAUUCACAAUACAUUCCGAAUGCGAAUGCUACAAUCCCAGAACCGACAGGUGGUAUCCUACUGCUCCGACUCUGCAGCGCAGAUCUCGAGCAGGAGUGGCCGCAGUUAAUAGACUAGUCUAUGCUGUUGGUGGAUACGACGGCACUAAAGAUCUGGCAUCAACAGAAUAUUUUAAUCCCCAUACCAGUCAAUGGAUUCCUGUAAAUGCAAUGGGAACAAAGCGUAGUUGUCUUGGUAUAACUACACUUAACGGUUUGAUAUAUGUAGCAGGAGGAUAUGAUGGUGCAUCUUGUUUGAACAGCGUGGAGAGAUAUGACCCUCUAGUUGGGACAUGGUCGUCAGUAGUUGCUAUGGAAACUCGAAGGAGAUACUGUCGACUAGGAGUUUUAGAUGGAUGUAUAUAUGCUGUUGGUGGCUAUGAUGGUGCAAAUUACUUGUCUUCAAUUGAAAGAUAUGAUCCAAGGGAAGGAAAAUGGAGGCCUUUACAGACAAUGAUAAACAGAAGAAGUAGCUGUGGAGUCACUACUUUAGAUGGUAUGCUUUAUGCAGUUGGAGGAAAUGAUGGCAGUUUGUGUAUGUGCACAAUGGAGCGCUUUGAUCCAGUGAGAAAUGCUUGGGAAGCAAUGCCUUCGAUGCAGUCUAGGAGAACAACGCACGAAGUUAUCGAAGCGGAAGGUUAUCUCUACGCAGUCGGGGGUAACGACGGAAGCUCCAGUCUAAAUACGGUCGAGCGCUACAAUCCUCGACACAACAAAUGGAUGCUCGUUACUUCUAUGACUUUACGACGAAGCAGCGUAGGUGUUGCAGUUGUAGACAGUCCUUGCAUGGAAUUAAUAUUAACACGUAAAUCUGGUCAGUGAAGUAAAAUAUAAUUUUUAUAUGACACAUUUGUAUAGUUAAAAAAAACAACCCGUUCUCUGAUUUUUCUUCUUUACCAUAUUUUCUGAGGGGGAAAAAAGACUAGAUUAUUCCUAUUUAUUUAUAUUUUGUAACAUAUAUUAAUGUACAGUUUAUGAAUUUUCUACAUUUAGCCAUAUUUGUGUGAUAGUCAUUUUUAUUGUAAAGUACGAUUUUUAAUCAACACUGCCUUACUCUCUAAACGUUUCCUUAUUUACGAAGUAAAGCUGUCGUGGUGCUAAAGAGUUAAUUUAGUGCAGAUUUUGUAUAAGUCUGAUCGAUCACGGUGACCGAUUCAUUCACACGAUCAAAACUAAACACAUGGCAUCACUUCAUAAGACAAACCGAAAGCCAACAAAAAACAUUUUGAUACAUCAGAAUUUGUAACUUGCACAUCUAAUUAAAAAUUCUUAAAAUUUUAUGCUCUUACAAAAAAAAAAGUUUUAACCUCUCGUUCAAACUGUUAAAUCCAGCCAAAAGCUGCUUAAAUUUUAUACGUGUACGUCGUGCCACAAUGAUACAUAAAUAAUUAGAACAGCUAAAGAAUUUUGCUAAUUAUGAUUACUAUGCUAGGAAAAAUUAGCAUGUCGUCAUUACUAUGCAAUUACGAUCUAUGGUGCAUAGACUAGCGUGUGAUGUGAUUUAACUUUGAGAUUAGUAUAUUACUUGUUAAAAUCUACCUUGUUAAUUUUAUAUACGUACAUCCUCUGCAUACGAAACAGUUCAAAGUCUUGCGUCAUUUCUUUACCUAGAGUAUGCAGUGUUCCUUUGUCUUUCAGAAAAUGCUCUAAAGCUGCUAUCUGUUAAAAAUUAUUGGUGUGAAAAUUUGCUUGAUGCAAACUGUUUAAAUUAGUAAGUUAAAAAUGAAAAUUAACCCUUUGAUUAUGUGUUAAAUCUGUAUGUUGUCUGUUGUGGAUGAAAAUUUUCCUCGUGGCAUUAUAGACCCUUGCUAUAUCUUCGUGUUAUCACUAUUUGUCACUUUCCUGUACGAAAUUUAAUCAUGUGAUCAUUAAGAAUUUCAUUUUUAAACAUAAUUCAAGGGGUUAAUACUAAACGACAACAAAUUUACACUGAUCGACAGUAAGCCAGAGCAUAAACUGUGAUAAUUUUAAAUUAUCAGAAAGGAGAAAGUUAAACGUUUGAAUCUGCAUAUCAUACAUUAUCAACUAUCUCAGUAUUAUAUUAUCAUAAAAAUAUUUUACAUUAGAUGUUAUGUUAUAAUUAAAAUUACAUUUUAUGUAUAAGUUCUUUAUUUAAAAUAAUCGAAGUGAUUAAUUGUAUACUUAACUUACAUUUAAUGUGCACCUCAUCCAAAAUUCUGUAUACCCACUUCUACGUAAAUUUCUUGCCAUUAACUCCACGAUAUACCAAACCAACGCAGCAAUCAUCAUCUAGUUAAAUGCUAAAAUCCCAUUCACAAAACUAAAAUUUUGAAAAAUUCUCUGUAAAAUUUUAACAAUAUUCACAGUCCUGAAAAAGUGGGUCCAAUUUGGAUGAAUGCUAAUCAAGUUUUUAAUUCCUAACAGAUACUGUAUUUUUACAAUAUCAGUAGUUGUCGUAGAUUUAAUUAAACAUCUGUGUUUGCGUGAUUUAUACAGUCUAUUUUUGUUUGCAACAGUAUUAUAAAAAAAAUAAAUAAAUAAAUAAAUUACGUAUUCUUGUAAAGAACUGCUAUAAAAUGGUGUUAAUGUGAAACAGCCACAAAGUGGUGUAAAAUACUGGUGAUAGAAAAAUGGACGGAUGUUAAUUUGUUAAAAGUGAUCAUGAUCCUGUACAUAAAGUAAAUUGUAAUUUGUCUGGAUAAGAAAAAAAUUGUCGAUUAAAGUGUGUUGUAUCUGUUUAAUUGUGUGUGUAUUUUCUUAAUUUU